AAGACUAACAUAGAAGUGAGAUUCAAACAGCCUCUCUUACAUCUGGUACACGUCCCUCGAGCCUCCGUCCUCUCCCUCCUCUUAUAUACGUCAUGUGGCCUCAGAGUCUACCUGGACAAGUCACACAGCUCUGUGUCUGAGAGAGCAAUGAUGACCGAUACAGAGAAUGGCGGUGGCGGACGUGUGAGCUGUCUCCAGAAGUGGGCGUUGUGGGCGUUGUGGGUGGUGGGCGUAGGCGGACCGUGGAUGGUUGAGGGGUAUAACCUGUCUCCUUCACACUCCAGGAUUAUGGAAGGACCACCAGGCGCUCACUUUGGCUUCAGUGUGGCUCUGUGGUGGGAUAAGGACGACCAAAAGAGGAUAGCGGUAGGAGCCCCAAGAGGGAAGAACUCUACCCUAGGGAUGGGUCAACGGCCCUUAGGGAACAUAUUCUUGUGUACUGUGACUGAUGACGUCAAAUGCUUCCCUGAUGAGAGGCUACCUAUGGCGUCAAAGGCAGAUAAGAGCGAGCAGGCAUUGAACAUCAACAGUGAAUACAUGAAUAAAAACGUAAUGGGUUUUGGACAUUCUCUGGCGACACUCAAGACCCGUACAUCAUCUUUAGCUGCCUGCGCCCCUCGUUACCCGAGAAAGGAGGAAGAGCGAGUGGAGACCCGAGGAGCUUGUUUUAUCUUGGACAAUCUUGAGAGAGACCCUAUACACCUCGUGCCUCAAGACUCCAAUAUACCCAACCUGAAGACGCUUGAGAACGCUAUGUUUGGUUAUAGUGUUGCCUUGGAUGAUCAGGCCAACAGCGUGAUCCUGGGCGGUCCUUAUGCCUUUUACGGGGAAGGUGUGGUCUACAACAAGCCUUUUGACGGAGGAUUGGGUUCCAUGAAUAGACUAAAAGAUAAGAAGCAACAACCAAGCACCAUCGACUACUCAGACUCUAAUGAAGGCUGGGCGACCAUCCUGGGAAACUUUGACAACAUCAACACCAUCAUAGCGACCUCUACUGUCCACUACGGCAACUACACUGGCAGGGUGAGCUUCUACCCAAAGAAAUUGAUUCUUCAUAAACCACCUCUGCUGAGUUUGUACGGGACAGAAGUCGGGGCACAGUUUGGUUACUGUCUAGGGUCGGGUGACGUGGACGGAGAUGGGGCGGCUGACCUCCUGGUGGGUGCUCCUCUAGCCCCGGGGGAACACGCUCCUGACGCUGGCAAGAUCUGGGUAUACUUGUCCCCGCUGAUCACUGGCAGCCAGAACAGAGCCCCACAAGAAGUGUCCGGUACAGAGCCCUGGGGACGCUUUGGGACAGCCUUGACCUCUCUUGGUGAUGCUAACAGAGAUGGUUACGAUGAUGUUGCAGUUGCGGCGCCGUACGCAGGCAUGAAUGGAGGCGGGGUGGUGUUUGUGUACUAUGGGGGGCAAGACGGACUCAGGACAGAUCACAUACAGAAGGUAGAAGCGUCCUUUUUCCCGGAUGAAAUCAGAGGCUUUGGCUUCAGCAUGGAUGGCGGGAUAGACGUAGAUGGAAAUGGCUACCCAGACCUCAUCAUUGGGGCAGUGGAAUCAGACAGGGCCAUAUUAGUUAGGUCUAAGCCAGUGAUCAGACUGGUGGGAGGCAUACGCUUCAAGAAACAGGACAUGAUAGUUGAGGAUGAGAAAGAUUGUAUUGUAGAGGCAGCUGGCUACAGAUCCUUCAAGGCUGUGUGUUUUGAGCUCCAAGUCGACAUUACCUACGACACAUACAGGGAACUCAAUAACCUUAGGCUACAGUUUAACAUGGUGCUGAUGGGCCUGGAAGACACCUCUCAGUUCGGAUUUAAAACUAACAAUGACAACAGGUACACUACAGAGCGGAGAGUUAAUAUGGCAGGUGAUAGUAGUGCAUGGACGCUGGGGGGGUACUUCAAGCGAGUGAGGGCUAACAUCGGACAGACGCUCAGCGCCUCAGUCUCCGUCAGUCUCCUGUCUCCCCCCAACAACAUUGAUGAAGAAAGUGGUGGUGGUGAUAAUGAUGUGGUGGAGCCCAUGCUGGACAUCUUCACCACCACCACCUACGUCGCCAACACCACACUCAUCUGUAACAACAAUCUCACCUGCUUCUCUCAGCCAGAUCUAGUGUUGGAGGCGUCAGCUCCUACAGUACGUUUGGGUGAAAAUUCAUUGGAAGUAGAAGUCAAAUUGGAGGCGAAAUAUGACCCAGGGUACAGUGUGGAGGUGGAGGUGAAACAUCCAGAAUUAGUGAAUUACACCAGAGUGGAUGGGAACACCUCCAUUCCUACCUGCCGUCAGCUACAGUUCGUCAAUCAGAUCUCUAAUAAAUUGAUUUGCAAGUUUGACGCUAUUGGGGCGGAUGAAGUGGUAAACUUCACACUCUACUUCAAGUACGACUCAGUGUCUCUAUUGGACCACCUGACAAACCAAGCCACUGACACCCUCAAGUUGGACCUUAGAGUCACCAGUGAUAGCGAUGGAGACCCAGACACGCGUAACAACCAAUAUUCUGUCGAUGUCCCCGUGGUGAUCAGAGCUACACUCCAUACCAAGGUGGAGUCACUGACGGAGAGCACAACAGUGGUGGUGAACUCGACAGCGUCCCUGGAGGAGUUGAAGGCGGUGAAAGAGGACCCGCAGAAGACCUUCCCUGUAGACAAGCUGGGUCCUCGGCUCCAGCACAAGUUUUCCCUCACCAACCGCGGCCCAAGUCCCGUCAGGAAUGCCAAGCUGAAGUUUCAUGUGCCGCUCUACCGCUCUAAGGGUGACCUGUUGACCUACUUCAUGGACCAGCCUGCCACCUCCCCCUCACUCACCUGUCAGCCUCUCCCCAUCAACACCCUCCACCUACAGCCAACCAACAAUGCUCAGCCCGCUAUCGCCACUAGUAUGCCCGACCUCACUGACACCACUACCACCACUACUCCCACCAAUAUGCCCGACCUCGCUGACACCACUACCACCAAUAUGCCUUAUUUCGCUGGCACCAUCACCGUCUCUGCCCUCGCUGACACCAUGGAGUCAAACAUCAUGAAUGACACCCUACAACACCUUCGUCGUCGCCGUCAGGUUGAGUCGACUGUCACCUCACAAGUACCUGCCUCACCUUCCCCCAGGAGUGAUGACCCACAGCCGGAAAAGCUCGUCUCCUCACCUGGGGACCUGCGAACAACUGUGCAGUGUUUCGACCCUAACUGCACCUUCUUGUGUGAGGUUGAGUUAAUGGAGAUGGGGUCAUCAGUUACAAUUACAUUUACCAGUUACUUGGUCACCGCGACAAUCCAUAAGAUGCCCUACAAAACUCUGGAGGUAAAGACUUGGAUGACAGGAGAGGUGGACCAAGAAAAUAGUACAAUCUCGGACCCUAAAGUGGCAGCGUCUACACAAGUCUACCUACUGAGGCCUCCGGACACAGGAUUUUUCGCCGUGCCACUGUGGGCUCUGUUGUUGGCUGUGGGUCUUGCUGUAUUACUCAUUAUCUUCAUCAUCACUGGACUAUGGAUGCUUGGCUUCUUCAAGAGGAAGCGUCCGUACGUGGAGGCUAAGAGGCAGAGUGUGCAGACUUGGGAAGAGAUGGCUCAUAUGUCCAUGAAGGAGGAUACAGACGAUGGCUGAGAGGUCAAGACGAUGACUGAAGUGAUGACUAAGAGGCCAAGACGAUGACUGAAGUGAUGGCUGAGAGGUCAAGACGAUGGCUGAAGUGAUGACUAAGAGGCCAAGACGAUGACUGAAGUGAUGGCUGAGAGGUCAAGACGAUGACGUAGUGAUGGCUGAGAGGUCAAGACGAUGGUGUAGGGGUCAAGGUGAUGUAGUGUUUUUCUUAGUGUUACCUAAACAAUCGUUCCUACGUAUAGACCUCAGCCAGGUGUACCUCAGGUGUACCACAGGUGUACCAGCAAUUAAUACUCCAGCCAAUAGACCUAACACAGUAAUAGCUCAAGUAAUUAAUAAACUACUCAAGUACCACUCGAGUGUAAAUUUGUUAAGUGUAAGGAUAAUUAAUUAGUUGGGUGGAAUGAUUAUAUUCGUGUGUGGUGAUAAUUUGUUGAUUGUGCUUAUAAUUAGUUGUGUAUAGAGAGAGGGAGAGAGAGAGAGAGAGAGAGAGAGAGAGAGAGAGAGAGAGAGAGAGAGAGAGGGAGAGAGAUAGUGAGAGAGAGAGAGA